AUGCAAAUCACCAAAGUUGCCCUUUUCUUCUUUGCUGCAAUGGGUGCGGUGGCCACCCCGAUUGAGCCCGUUGAAAAUGGCCUUGACGCUAGAGCUGAGGCCGGUGUCCUUGUUAAAUACACCGGAUGCCCUUCCAAAAUCGCUAACAAGAGGUGCACCAAGGAUGGUGCCAAAUGUACCGUUGACACAUACAAUAACUCUGUUGACUGUGACUAA